AUGGAAGAGAGAGCCCGCAUCCCUGUCGACCUACCUCUACCAAACCCAACCACAUCCUAUUGGCAAGACCCGCCCGUUGAAAUAGCAAACCUGCAAACCACAAAAGAAUUACCAAAAUAUGCAGACUAUGUCAUUAUCGGUAGUGGUAUCAGUGGUGCAUCUACUGCCUAUAAUCUGAUCAGGAACAAACCAAACAGCUCCAUCGUGAUGCUAGAAGCAAGACAAGCAUGUAGUGGAGCAACAGGUCGGAACGGCGGUCACACAAAGGCAGCAAGCUAUCGCAGCUUCCUCGAGCACGAAGCCGAACAUGGCCUCGAAGAUGCCAUUAAGAUUGCUCGUCUCGAGUACGCUAAUAUCAGAGAAACCCAUGCCUUGGCUCGGGAUCUGCAUAUUGACUGUGCAUCUACGCCCUGCGAUACGGUAGACAUCAUAUAUGAUGCGGCCACCCUCGCGCGAGGCAAAGAAGCCAUUGCCAGAAUGCAAGAGACCAUGGGACCUGAUGACCCAGCAGCAAAGUACAAGAUCUUAUCAGCGGAAGAGACGAAGGCGAAGUAUCAUACUCCCGAUGCUCUGGGAGCGUUUGUAUAUGAAGCGGGAAGCAUCAGUGCAUAUCGCUUCACCAUGGGAGUGCUGAAGCAUUGCCUCCAGAGAGGCGUUAACCUGCAGACCAACACCCCAGUCGAAGGCAUCGAGUCAGCGAAGGACUUCGACCGGGAGGCACCGAGAUGGACAGCAAAGACAUCAAGAGGCAGCGUCGAGACCGCCAAUCUAAUCUUAGCGACUAACGGAUAUACCGCGCAUCUGUUGCCGCAGAUGCAGGGCAUCAUUGUUCCUCUGCGCGGACAGAUCACAGCACAACGACCGGGGUCCAAGUUGCCAGGCUUGGAUACGACUUACUCUUUCAUCUAUGCUCAGGGAUACGAGUACAUGAUCACUCGACCGCCAGGCACUUCGGAUGCUGGCACUAUAGUCAUUGGCGGCGGGCUGGGAAGACUAGCCAAUGCUGGUGCAUCUGAAUAUGGAAACAUUCUUGAUACAGACUUGAAUGCGGAGAUCUCAACCUACCUUUACGAUUGCACAGCAGGCUACUUUGGCGAGAACUGGGGUGAAGAUGCAAGGCAAGGCAGGAUCGUCAAGGAAUGGUCAGGAGUGAUGGGCGCGAGUGCAGAUGGAUUGCCGUAUGUGGGAGCAAUGCCUGAGAUGCCAGGCAUGUUUGUCUGUGCCAGCUUCAAUGGUCAUGGCAUGGUCAUGUGUCUCAAGUUUGCAGAGGCGCUAGUCGACAUGAUGGAGGGUGAUAAGGACGUAGAUUGGUUUCCAAAGGCGCUUGUGGUGACUGCUAAGAGAUUCGAGAGGAAGUUUCAAGGAAGGCUGGAUAUGCGUGCGCCUGGCGAGGCUCUAUUCGAUCGAUCGACUGUAGACAAGUGA